CCGCGCGGCAGUCGCAGUGGUGCAGUGGUGCAGCACUACGCCGCGCGUCAAAGCGUGCGUCAAGCCAGUGCGUCCGGAACCGCCGCCGGCAGUGAAGUGGUUGCGUGUUUACCGCCGAUACGGAGUCCGCAGCGCGCAGCGCGCAGCCAAUAAUAUUUGUCGCCCCGUUUCUCCCGUGCGCGCGCGCGUGUGUGUGUGUGUGUGUGCUGCUUGUCAGUUAUGAACGCCAGAAACGACUCCCAGGAUGUGGUGGUCGUCGCCGUGGUGCCGGCCCGCGACCGGCUGCACCAGGCCGACGUGAUCGACCUGGUAUCCGACUCGGACUCCGACGAGACGUACUUCGAGGGGGCGGAGGACAGGGGGCCCGCCAUCCUGGACGAGGAGUACCACCCCGUCUACCGCCGCGGACACCAGGACGACGACGUCGAAGACCAGUGCCCAGAACGAGACCUACAUCCAGGCGGCCAGCAGGAGGACGGCGAGGACGACGGCGAGGACGUGGAGGAGACGGAGAACGGGCAGCGCUGGCACGUCAACGACCUGUUCCCCGACACGGAGGACGAGGAUGGCCAGGACGACGACCACGAUGACGACCACGACGACGACGGCUACGAGUCCGCGUCCCAGAGCGACGCGCGCGACGCGGCGCCCAGCCGACCCCGACUACGGAUUAUAUUUUAUUGAAUUUAUAUUUUACCAACGCGUCGGGUGGGCGCUCGUUCAGGACAGCAGCAGUCCCAGGGUCUAGUCAGAAGGUACGCACUGUAUUGUUUUAAGAAGGAGGCACAAUAAAACCAAUUUGUGAAAAGCCA